AUGCUCAAACUUCCGAUCUUCUGCGACUACUGCGACGAUUACAUUUUCGGCAACGAUGCGUUCCGUUGCCGAGCAUGCAACGUGCUUAUUCAUAAAUCCUGCAUCUCCCAGAUAAUCUUCGACUGCCCAGGCGUCGAUCAUGGGCGCGCCGCCGAGGGCUCAACUGUUCACGAGUACCGAGAGCGCGUCGUUAAGAACCCGGCGCAAUGCGAUCAGUGCGGGGUUAUGUAUGAAAAUAAAGUCUUUCAUUGCGCGCACUGUGGCAUCAGGGCGCACAAAGAUUGCUUGAAUUUCAUUCCUUCUACUUGCGGCAUGGCUGGUGAUCAAUUACGGGGAACAUUGCGUAUUACGACUUAUUUCGACGACAGUAGAUUGACAGUACAUGUUCAUGAAGCAAAACACAUCACCGCAAUGGACGUGAAUGGAAAAUCGGAUCCUUACGUAAAAAUAUCCUCCUACCAUCGAGGGAGUGGUUGGUCAGAUGGUUCAAAAACGCGAACAAGGAAGAAAACGCUCAACCCGAACUGGAAUGAAAAACUGACCGUUUUCCUUGACACCGCUGAUACAGCUUGUCGAGUGCUUAUUGAAGUGUAUGAUUGGGAUGGGUUUUCGGAUGAUGAUCUUAUUGGCGGAUUCUCGAUUUCAGGAAAUGAGCUGAUGAAAAAUCCGGCGGAUGGGUGGUUUAGAUUGUUGGGAAAAACCGAGUCGGUGUUUUAUAAUAUUCCUGUUGGAUAUUCAAAGGAAAAACUUGAACAGAUCUGGGAAGAAAUGGAUGAUGAUGAAGGAGAAGAAUCUGGAACUGCUAUCACUGAUUUUAACAUUCAAGGAGCAAUUUCAAAUGGGUUUUUUGGACAAGUUCUACUUGCAAUCAACGACGACGACGAAAAAGUGGCCGUGAAGUGCAUGAGCAAAUUGAAAGUCGCUUCGAGUGGUGCGAUCAACGACGUUUUCGCUGAACGGGAUGUGAUGAUUAAAGGAUCGCCGUACAUUGUUGAGCUUUAUAGGGCCUUCCAAGAUACGGAAAAUUUGUACUUUGAGCUUGAACUCUGCGAGGUUGGCAGUCUGCUCGAUCUUUAUGAGUUCUACGAAGGUAACAUAUCGGGCACAUCUGCGAAAUUUAUUCUUGCCGAGGAAAGUUUUCUUAGCUUCUGCAGAAGAAAUCAGAUCAUUUGUGCCAUUGAAUUUCUCCACGGUAUCUACAUAAUUCAUCGCGACAUUAAACCUGGAAACAUUCUGAUUACUGGCCGUCUUCACGCAAAACUUGCUGAUUUUAACAUGUCGAAAGAUCUGUCUCAAUCUGAGGAUCACAAAACCACAACGCUUUGCGGAUCCCAUGGCUACAUUGCGCCUGAGGUUUAUUCUGGCGCCAGGUAUGGCAUUAAAGCUGAUGUAUGGGCUUUCGGAGUGUUGAUUUAUGAAAUGACGGAGAAGAAACUUAUGAUUGAGGCUGAAGACUCUACCUCACUCAAACAGAAAACACUCGAAUUCGAGCUGGACGGCGAUACAAUAGAAUCAGACGCAAAAGAACUGCUUGUAAAAGCAUUGAAAACGGCACCGAAAGAGCGCGCAUCAGCAAGAAAACUGAAGCGCACCUCGUUUUUCGAAGACAUCGAGUUCGAAAAUCUCCACGAACAAGAUUCUCCAAUCGAUUUCGCUCCGCCUGAAUUUGGGCUGGAUGAUCCGCAAUCUCUUAGGAACUGGUUAAAACCAUGA